AUGAGGGUUCUCAUCUCGCUCCUAAUGCUGGCCUCCGCCGCCCACGCCUUGUACUUCUUCAUCGACGCCGCGACCCCAAAGUGCUUCUUCGAGGAUCUGCCCAAGGACACCCUCGUCGUGGGUCACUAUGGAGCUGAAGAAUGGGACGACAGGGCGAAUUCGUGGCAGCAACAUGCCGGCAUUUCCAUCUACAUCUCUGUGGACGAGGUCUUUGAUAACGACCACCGCGUUGUUUCGCAAAAGGGCUCGUCGUCCGGCAAGUUCCACUUCACCGCCCAUGAGGCCGGCAACCACAAGAUCUGCUUCACCCCAAACUCCAGCUCCGGCCGCAGCGGCUGGCUAAGCACCAGCAACCCGAACGGGGGCAUCAAGCUCCAGCUGGAUCUUGUCAUCGGCGAGACGAACGAGAUUGAGAGCACCGACAAGAACAAGCUCCAGGACAUUGCCUCGCGUGUCAAGGAUCUGAACGCUCGGCUGAAGGACGUGAGGAGGGAGCAGGUCUUCCAGAGGGAACGCGAAGCCGAGUUCAGAGAUCAGUCCGAGUCGACCAACAGCCGUGUCAUUCGCUGGAUCCUGAUCCAGCUUGUUGUGAUGGGUAUCACCUGCGUGUGGCAGCUGUCCAACUUGCGCUCCUUCUUCAUCAAGCAAAAGCUCACGUAA